CGCAAUCAAAGACUAGUGACCGCGCCAGCAUGAGUAAUGUGUAGAAAAGCGAUUGUGCCGUACGACAAGAACGUACAAACUCCGUUCCAGAAGUUAUGCCUGUUUUCAAAGGCCCGUUCUGACAUUCCUGGAUUGUUAUGGUGCGUGAGAAUUGAACCAAAACAACGGCUCUGUACUGAAGCGUCCACAACAUGACAAAGUCAGUGAUGCAGUGAGCUCUUCGAUGGUACUGCCAACGUUGGCAGUCGUGAUCCGCGUGAAGCUUUAACUUUCGCUGUGAGUUACAUCCGGAGAGACAGUUUCUUGGGCACAGUGAUGGCAGAGGGAGGAAUUUAUCGCUCGAAUCUGAGGAAGUUUAGUGAAGAACAUCUCCAGUGUUCAAUAUGCCAAGAUUUGUUCAAGAAUCCCAAAACCUUAAACUGCCUUCACAGUUUCUGUGAAGAUUGCCUCUUCAGGUGCCAUAGUUCACGCGUUAUUGUACGUAACGUAAUCUGUCCGAUUUGCCGGGAGGAAACUCGUACUCCAAGUGGUACCGUAAACAGCCUUCGUUCGGAUUUCAAACUGGCAGGCAUGAUAGAGGCAGUCGGCAAAGAAGAUGUGCAAGCUGAGCCAACGUGUGUCAAGCAUGCCGGCAAAAAAUGCUACAUCUUCUGUUGUACCUGCCAUGAACUGAUUUGCUUCUCGUGUCUGCGAGAAUCUCACUGCAGUCACAAUGCAGGGGAAGUUGGGGAAACGGUGGAGGAACUGAAGCAGUCGGUGAUAGAACGCACGAUACAGUUCGACAAAUCCUCAGAAGCUGUUGCCACAGCACAGGAGACAAUCGAAAAAAGGAAGCAAGACUUCAACACAACAUUGGUGAAGAUAAGGAAAGACAUAACUGACAGAGUUAAGGAAGAAAUUGCACGAAUUACUGUCGCCAAGCAGUGCAUCAUGGAUGAGCUGGAUCACAUCCAGAAGGACCGGACGAAACUGUUCGCUAGACGCUCCAAGCACCUGUCCUCAAUUAUGGAAGAUUUGCAUCAAAUCAGCAAUGACUCUAAAUUGCUAGCCAAGAUAGGCAAUGACUAUGACUUUCUGAAAAAGUACCAGGAAUUGAAGGCUGGCAUCUUUGCUGAUGAAAACUACUGUUGUACCCAAAUCAUUGAGUCCAUUUCGCCCCUGGCAUUGGAGUUUCGUCCCUCAGUUAAAAAUCCUUGGAAAUUCAACCUGGGAGUACUUGUGGGUGGCACUACCCUUGGUGGUGAAGAUGACGAUGGUGAUGACCAUGGUAGUGAGGAUGAGCAGGCUGGUUGUGAGGACGAUCAGUAUGGCGAGGAUGACAGUGAUACUGAUGUGGGUAACCACGGUGACAGUUUGGGUGAUGGUGAAGAAGAGGAUGACAAUGCUGAUUUGGAUGAUGGGGAUUUUGAGGAUGCAGAUGGUGACGAAGGUGAAGAUGACGAUGGUGAUGACCAUGGUAGUGAGGAUGAGCAGGCUGGUUGUGAGGACGAUCAGUAUGGCGAGGAUGACAGUGAUACUGAUGUGGGUAACCACGGUGACAGUUUGGGUGGUGGUGAAGAAGAGGAUGACAAUGCUGAUUUGGAUGAUGGGGAUUUUGAGGAUGCAGAUGGUGACGAAGGUGGCGAGGAUGGUGAAAAUGGGGAUUACGGUGGUGGUGGUGAUUAUGUUGACAUUGAUGAUGGGGAAGAUGAUGAAACGCAUGAGGAGAAUUACUCCCAGGAUAUGUACAAGAACAUUAAAAAGAAACCUAAAAGCUGAAUGCAAAAUGAAGGUCAUUUUCCCUCUCUUCCGCAUGUUGGCUGUCGGAAACUAGGCCUUUGAGAUGGAAGAUGAUCACUUUGUGUCACUGAACCAAAUGAUUGAUGGGACAUAAUUUGCAUGUCAACUCAAGUAAACAGAUGUAAAAAAAAAUCUGUAUCAAAUUGGAGAAGUUUUACCAACGUAUGGGGUCACUCCUGCCUCAAUAUAACUGAAAGUUGAAUGUAUUUUUGCAUUGAAGUAUGCUUAGUUUUGCUGUAAACGCACGGUUUAUAUAUGCCUUUAUAUAUUUGUUACAAUUAUAAAGCAAUGACAAAAAUCAUUAAUGUGCAUGUGUAGUAUUAAUAAAAUCUAAUUGUGCCUGAAUAUUUUUAAGACUGACAGGAGGAAAUGACGAGUCUAGAAGGCCAAGAAAAUAGGCCGUUUUUAUUCACUGUCGACAAUCAUUGUUGAAUACCAGCGCAAAGUACCACACCAGUCAACCAUUGGACAUUCUAGAAACUAACCACAAACCCCAACAAAAUAAAAAUUUUGCAACCAAAACGAAUGCGGUCAGACGUUUACAUUCCCCCCAAAAUUCCCGAAGAUAAAACUAACAAACUGACGCUAAGUUGAUCAGAAAUGAAAGAGAAGAGGUAAUCAACAUCCAGAGUGGAAGAGUCUUGGUUUUUAAGUGGUUUUUACUUAAGUUGUUAAAAGGUUUCCCCCAAAAAAGUGAGGGUAAAAAAAAGCGGCGUCGCCGCACCACUUUUGGAGCCAACUCCUGACCAGAAACCGGUGAAUUAUGUUUUUGACCUUAAACGAGUGUACACGUCCUCCUAAGUGGUUAACUUUGCAUAGUUCUACCAAACUACUUUUACAUUUUUAAAAUGGAUUUUUCUGCACCGAUUAAAGUUGCUAAAUUUACCACAACUGUCAGACACAAACCUUUUUGUCAGAUUUUGAAAAAUAGCGCAGUUUUUUCCUAGCUUCUUCUCUCCGUAAUUUCACUUAGUACCAACACCAAAACCAAAGCAGACUUUAUUUGAAUUUUGUUGUCUCGCACGAGGUAUAUUGCCCUCUCGUGUCCUAACAUAGUUAAUGUUUUUAUUUCAAAUUUAUAAUUACCAUUAAAAUUCACAACAUGUACAUGAA